AUGCCGGUAGUUGGCGUCGCCUCCAAGCUCAGGCAACCCUCCACGGUGAAGCCGGUGCACACUGCACUCCCCAUCCCAAGCGCGAUCCGGGCUGCCGCCGCCUCCCACGGCUACAUGGCCCGGCAGCAGGAACUGAAGGCUAGCGAAGGGGUCCCCGCGCUCUCUUGCCAGCUGUCAGUCAAGUCUGAGUACCAGUCUUCCAGAACACCUGAUGCAAAGUCCAAGGCGGCAACUGAGGAGAGCAGGAUCUGCAAGAUUUACACAGACUGGGCCAAUCACUACCUGGCCAAGUCGGGCUGUCCUCGCCUCAUCAAGGAUCUAAGCCAGGAUGUCACUGAUGGAGUACUGCUGGCACAGAUCAUUCAGAUCAUAGCCAAUGAGAAGGUGGAGGAUAUCAACGGAAGCCCUCGGAGUCAGACGCAAAUGAUUGAGAAUGUGGACGCCUGCCUCAGUUUUUUGGAUGCAAGAGGAGUGAAUGUCAAAGGGCUGUCAGCAGAAGAGAUCAGGAAUGGCAACCUAAAAAGCAUCCUGGGCCUCUUCUUCAUCCUAUCCCGCUACAAGCAGCAGCAGCAGCAACAGCAGCAGUACUACCAGUCGCUGGUGGAGCUCAGCCAGCAGACUGGCAGCAGUACUGCAACAUCUGCCAGCAAAUCACAAGAGAUGCAGUCCAGUCUCACAGCGCGAUAUGCAAGUCCUCCGGGCCACACUGGAAUAGGUUCACCGCAGAAGAAAAACACGAGGUUACCGGGACCCUCCAGGGUACCCGCUGCGGGCAGCGGGGCCUCCAGGAGUCCGGGCUCGUCUAAUCUGAACCGUCGCAGUCAGAGCUUCAACAGCAUCGACAAGAGCAAACCGCUCCAGUACGCCAGCGGCAACGACAGAGAGGCAAUGAGGAGCAUCCCAGUAGCCGGCGGCAUGAAUGGAAGUGGUGUAGGUGGGACUGUUCCCACCAGCCUAAGCGGGCAGCAGCUGGCCUCUGCCAUUCCCUCCGCUGCCGCCAGCAAGUCCUGGCGGAGCAAAUCCAUGAACCUCAAGCACAGCGCCACUUCCUCCAUGUUGGCCAGCCCCACGAACUCGCCGUCCCCAUCCCCGUCACCGCAGACCCAGGAAGGCCUCCAUCCGCAUGGCGGUGACGGGUCCAAAGUGGGCGGUGCGCCUCAUAGGUCCAUGCUCGAAAAGUUCCGUAUGAUUAAUCCUCGAUCGGCCUCCCGGGUAUCGCCGUCCAUGGCUGAGAUGGCUCUACAGGAAGAAGAUGAUAUGUCAGAAUACGGCGAGGAUGGACUUACGCCCACGGGCUCGGUAUGCAGCAGUAGUAGCAGUUCUACAGUCAAACAGAUGCCCUCCAAGACAGCUGCCUCUUCCCUGAAUGCCAGUUCUCGUACCUCGUCUUCCUCAUCGUUUUCCAAGGGUUCUACAAACGCUUGCAGGUCCACGUCCAAAGACAAGGAGGACAAAAGCAAGUCUGUGACCAAGCAAGUCUGCGUCCCAUCCAAAGAGGAGCGAGACUCUUAUACAGACUCGGCGAAAAAGACGUCCAAAAUCGCCAGCCUUGUACCCAAGGGAGCAAAGCAAGCAAAGAAAGAUGCAGGCAACUCCUCGGGUUCCAGCGGUAUCCCCAAACCAGGACUUAAGGCCCCUUCCACAAGUGUGGCAAAGCCGCAAAGUCAGUCCCAAAACCAGACGGGUUUAAACAGCUGCGCUAACCUGCGGGGAGGGGAGACUGAACGAGCCAAACUCACAAAAGGUGGACAGAGCGGGAGUUUCUACACGCAGCGCUCAGUCGGGGGUCAGGAGGGCAAACGAACCAGCAUAACGUCCUCCACCAGCACCUCGGCACUGUCUGCAUCUGGUGGGAUGUUGACGGCAGGAGGCGGAGCACUUGGAGGCAAUGGAGUUGUUCAGCUCCCACAGCAGCAACAGCACAACCACCCUAAUACUGCUACUGUGGCUCCCUUCAUGUACAGGACGUUCUCAGAGAAUGAUUGCACCACGGUGGCCCCGGCCGACCCAUGCCUCAGCCCCACCAAGGGGGAGUUAGUCUACAGCAAAACAGCCAAACAGUGCCUGGAGGAGAUAUCAGGAGAGGACCCCGAGACUAGACGGAUGAGAACGGUGAAGAACAUCGCUGACCUAAGGCAGAACCUGGAAGAAACCAUGUCUAGUCUACGGGGGACGCAGAUCAGCCACAGCACACUGGAGACCACCUUCGACACAACCGUGACCACCGAAGUCAACGGGCGGAGUCUCCCCGCCCUCGCCACCCGCUCCUCCCCCAUGGCCUGGCGCCUGGGCCAGACGCAAACGCCGCGUCUGCAGGCUGGCGACGCCCCCUCCGGCGGUUACCCCGCGCCCAGGGCGGGCGCGGCGAGCGGCGCCGCCACGACGGCGGGCCGCUACGGCGGCCACUCCGACCCCUCCAGGUUUGUGUACGGCGCCAACUUGAGGCGUUCGGCAGGGCCGCGGGGGGCGGAGCUGGGGGAAAAGGGAGGAGCAGGGCUGGAAGGAGGGAAGCAGAUGGAGGUGCCGGGGUACAUGAGUGAUGGGGACGUCCUGGGCAAGAACGGACGCAUGGAUGAGAUCACCAGCGGAUAUCUAACAGACGGAGGUCUGCAUUUGUAUGCGCGGAACGCCGGCCGAGCAUCCGACGCGGCUUCUUCUAGAGAAAUCUCUCACAGAGGAAGCAAAGAGAUCCAAGGGGACGUGGACAGCUGGGAUGACAGCAGCUCCGUGAGCAGCGGUUUGAGCGACACCUUGGACAACAUCAGCACCGACGAUUUGAACACACCCGCCUACUCGGCCGUCAGCUCGUCACGCAAAAGCAAGGGCGCUCAGAGAGCAAGCAAGUCCAAACAUGCCGAGCAGGAGGUAAGCAGCAGCUGGGUCGGAGCUGAAGACCUGAAAAAAGUGGAAGAGGAACUUGACCCUACCAUGGACCCCAACGGCAGCCCUUCUCGCUGGAAGUCGUCUUCCUCUCAAGGACAAGGCCAGUACGAGGACGCGGGUCAGAAGGCGACAUCGCUAUCGCAGAUAUCCCAAACAGGCUCACUCAGAAGGGGCAUGACAGCCCAGGUGGGCAUCACGCCGCCCAGGACGAAAAAUACCUCUGCCUCGCACAAAACCACAGGCAAGACCGAUGAUGCUAAGGCUUCGGAGAAAGGCAAGGUGCCCUCUAAGAGUUCUUCCGGCAUUCAACGUUCCCCCUCAGAUGCUGGUAAAAGCAGUGGAGAUGAAGGGAAGAAACCCCCUUCUGGCAUUGGACGCCCACCUACGACCAGUUCUUUUGGAUUCAAGAAGAUUCCCGGUGCGAGCGGGACUCUAAUAACCUCGAGUGGCGCCACGCUCACAAGUGGCUCAGCCACGUUGGGCAAGGCCCCCAAAUCAUCAGCCGCCCUCGGUAAAGGCACGGGCAUCGGCGGUGUGCGUAAGACCAGCCUGGAUGGCUCCCAGCCUCAAGAUGACGGAAUUCUCCUCAGUUGCGGUGGCUCUAAAGUAUCCCUUCAGUACCGCUCUUUACCUAGACCGGCCAAAUCCUCCAGCGGAGUGGUGGCGGGGCGCGGCAGCCACCGCUCCAGCUCCAGCAGCAUCGACUCCAACGUCAGCGGCAAGUCCAACGCAGCCGCAGCCAAGCGCAGGGACGCCGGGAAGGUGGGCUCGGACCGCUCCAGUCCAGUCAACGUCAACCAGACGGAUAAGGAGAAAGUGACGGUGACCGAACAGGAUCCGGGAAUGUCUACUUCGCCCAAGUCCAGCCCGACCUCCACUUCCACGGGCCUCAGGCAGCCGGGCUCCAAGUACCCGGAUAUUGCUUCCCCCACCUUCCGCAGAUUGUUUGGCACCAAAGCCAGCAGCAAGGCCAGCUCCCCGGGCACGCCCGAUUCUGGCAAGUGCCCCUCAAUCCUGGGCAGCCCGCACGGUACUCUGGCGAGGCAGGCCAGCCUGGACUCGCCCUCCUCCGGCACAGGGAGUCUGGGCAGCGCCGGCGGGCUGAGCGGCGGCAGCAGCCCGCUGUACGGCAAAGGCCCGGACCUCCUUUGCGCCGACUCCCCGGCGUCCAGCCCGGCGUCGGGCCUGUCGUUGCCGUCCAAUGCUCGGCCUUGGCCUGCCUGCAGCUCGUCCGCCGGCAGCAAGGACACGCUGAGCUGUCAAAGCAUGAGCAGUCUCCACACCAGUUCUGAGUCCAUUGAUCUGCCUCUGGGCCACCACGGACCCAAAGUUACGAGAACCGGCAGUGUCAAGUCCACCCUGUCCGAGGGCAUGCCUCUUGACAGAAACACGCUUCCCAAAAAGAGGCUGAGGUACCCGCCUUCGUCCAGGCAGACGUCCCAUGAAGAGGGGAUGGAGUGGCUCCGCUCCCACUCGACAGGGGGGCUUCAAGACUCGGGCAGCCAAUCCCCAAUGUCUCCACCGGGGGCUUCAUGUACCACGACUGGAAAAUACCACUACUCUAAUUUAUUGAGCCCUACUCACAUCGGGCAGUACAACCUGCCCGCAGGCGGCAGCAGCAGCAUGAGCCGUUCCAACAGCAUUCCCGCCCAGGACUCCUUCGACCUGUAUGGCGAGGGUCACCCGCUGGGCGGCAGCGCCACCUCCCUGGAGGAUCGUCCGCGCGCCAUCAGCCGCUCGGGUUCCUUCAGGGACAGUACCGAUGAAGUCCACGGAUCUUCAUUGUCUUUGGUGUCCAGCACGUCUUCACUUUACUCUGCAACAGAGGAGAAGGCACACUCGGAGGGCCAAACAGUCCAAAAUUCCACGCAAAUCAGAAAGCUGCGCCGGGAGUUGGACGCUUCUCAAGAAAAAGUGGCGACCCUGACGUCCCAACUGGCUGCCAAUUCUCACUUGGUGGCCGCCUUCGAGAAGAGCUUGAGCAAUAUGACGUGUCGCCUUCAGAGCCUCACCAUGACAGCGGAACAGAAGGAAACAGAGUUAGUGGAGUUGAGGGAAACCAUCGAGUCGCUAAAAACGCAAAACACCGACGCCCAGACAGCCAUACAAGUGGCGCUCAAUGGACCGGAUCACUUCCAUAAAGACUUGCGCAUUAGACGGCAACACUCAUCGGAAAGCAUGUCGAGCAUCAACAGCGCGGCUAGCCACUCCAGCAUGGGCAGCAUGGGCAACAAUGUUGAGGACAAGAACAAGAAAAAGAAGAAGAACUGGGUGGCUGAUUCCAUCCCGGCUCAGCUCCGCAGCUCCUUCAAGCACGCAUUCAGCAAGAAAAAAACCAAGUCGCAGUCAGCCCACGACGAGAUGGAGGAGAUGAGCGACUCGCUGCCGUCGUCGCCAAAACUGCAGCAUGACAACCGACAGGGCAGCGUCGCUACGUUGCGUUCUUCACCUUCUACCACAGAGCUGUGCGAGUGCACCGAGGCCGAAGCCGAGAUCAUCCUGCAACUAAAAAACGAGCUGAGGGAGAAGGAGCUCAAGCUGACCGACAUCCGUUUGGAGGCGUUGAGCUCUGCCCAUCACCUGGACCAAAUCCGGGAAGCCAUGAAUCGCAUGCAGAAUGAGAUCGAGACAUUAAAAGCGGAGAAUGACCGUCUCAAGUCCAGCGGCGGCGCCACGCCGACGGCGACUCCAGCCAAAACUGCGCGGCCGCCCUCGGAGACCUCCAGCACGUCUUCGUCCUCCUCCCGCCAGUCGCUGGGCCUGUCCCUCAACAACCUCAACAUCACCGACACCAUCAUGUCAGAUAUUCUACUCGACGACAGCUACGAAGGUAACCUGCGCAAAGAAGGUCGCAGCGUGCGGAUAGUGGUCAGCAUCAGCAGCGGGCCGAGCACCACCAAGGGAACACAAAUGCAGGAGUAUCUGAUUGGCUCCAUAGGUGUUAGUGGGAAAACCAAGUGGGACGUCUUGGACGGGGUGAUCAGACGGCUCUUCAAGGAGUACGUAUUCCGCGUGGAUCCUGUGACCAGUCUGGGCCUGAGCUCAGACAGCAUCGUCUGCUACAGGAUGGGCGACGUGGUCCGCGCCCACUCCUCCGAAGUGCCUGAGCUGCUGCCCUGCGGCUACCUGGUGGGCGAAAGCAACGUCAUCAAGGUCAACCUCAAAGGCGUGAAGGACAACAGCAUCGACAGCCUGGUGUUCGACACGCUCAUCCCCAAGCCCAUCAUCCAGCGGUACCUCAACCUCUUAAUGGAGCACCGCCGCAUCAUCUUGUCGGGGCCCAGCGGCACCGGCAAGUCCUUCAUGGCCACCAAGCUGGCCGAAUUCAUCAUUUCUCAAAUGGGACAAGAAGUGAGCGAGCACAACGUGGCCAGCUUCAACGUGGACCAGAACUCCAGCAAGGAUCUGCGUCAGUACUUGUCCAACCUCGCGGAGCGUUGUAACUCCCAAGGCACGGACACAAAGCUUCCCACUGUGGUCAUUCUGGACAACCUCCACCACAUCAGCUCACUCAGUGACAUAUUCAACGGAUUCCUCAACUGCAAGUAUCACAAAUGCCCUUACGUCAUUGGGACAAUGAACCAGGGAGUUUCCUCCUCUCCCAACCUGGAGCUCCAUCACAACUUCAGGUGGGUGUUGUGCACGAACCACACGGAGCCCGUAAAGGGCUUCCUCGGUCGCUACCUACGGCGGAAGCUCAUCGAGAUGGAGAUCCAUAAAAACGUGCGCAGCAACGACCUCAUUAAGAUCAUCGACUGGAUUCCCAAGACGUGGCAGCACCUCAACGGCUUUCUUGAGGCCCACAGUUCAUCUGACGUCACCAUAGGUCCUCGACUCUUCUUAUCCUGUCCAAUGGAUGUGGAGGGAUCGCGCGUGUGGUUCACUGACCUGUGGAAUUACUCCCUGGUGCCCUACCUGCUGGAAGCUGUACGGGAAGGACUUCAGCUGUACGGUAAAAGAGCCGCGUGGGAAGACCCGUCCAAGUGGGUGAACGACACGUACCCGUGGCACGCCGCCGCCCCCACACAGCAGCAGGACGGCCAGUCGCUGCUCCAGUUGAGGCCAGAAGACGUAGGCUACGACGGCUACAGCUCAUCCAAGGAAGGGGCUUCGUCCAAGCAGGUGUCCCAGAGUGACACGGAAGGAGACCCACUGAUGAACAUGCUGCUCAGGCUGCAGGAAGCCGCCAAUUACUCCAGCGCGCAGAGCUGCGACAGUGACAGCGCCAGUCACCAUGACGACCAGCUGGACUCGUCGUUGGAGUCGGCGCUAUGA